ACGUAAACAGAAUAACGAAAAAGAAACCGGGACAACGUGACGUCACAAAGUUGAGCAACCGGCGCGCUGCACGGAAGAGCGGCGUGUGUUGUGUGUUCCCCAUCGUUUCCCUCACAUAUUACUCUUUUUGAGUCAUUAUGGCCUCAGAUGACAUUGCUCAGCUGGCUGAUGCUCUUUCCAAGACCCACGUCGUGGAUGGGGAGUUAAGCUAUAAAGGCUCGGGAUUGAAGUUGGACAACGCAGAAUCAGUGGAGGAGCUGGUCUGUGAGAUAGAGCAGUACCAUGGUCUGAGAGCUUUGCGCCUGGAGGGGAACACUGUGGGUGUGGAUGCAGCCCGGGCCAUUGCUAAGGCUCUGGAGAGCAAAGACCAGCUCCAGAGAUGCUAUUGGAGCGACAUGUUCACCGGAAGAUUGCGCUCUGAAAUCCCAACUGCCCUGAGGUCUCUGGGCAGUGCGUUAAUAAGUGCAGGGGCCAGGCUUACCGAGCUGGACCUGAGUGAUAAUGCCUUUGGGCCAGACGGUGUGAAGGGAAUCGAGCAGCUGCUGAAGAGCCCUUCCUGCCACACCUUAAGGGAGCUGAGGCUCAACAAUUGUGGCAUGGGGAUCGGAGGAGGAAAGAUCCUUGCUGAAGCUCUGAUUGAGUGCCACAGACAGUCAUUAACGCACGGAGCUCCACUCAAACUGAGAGUGUUCAUCGCAGGGAGGAACCGCUUGGAAAAUGAAGGCGCCAGUGCCUUGGCUAAGGCCUUUCAGGUGAUAGGCAGCCUUGAAGAAGUCCACAUGCCCCAGAAUGGUAUCAGUUACGCAGGGGUGACGGCAUUGGCUUCAGCCAUGCAACACAACCCUGAGCUCCGCCAUCUCAACCUUAAUGACAACACCUUCACCAAGAGGGGCACGCUGGCAAUGGCACAGGCUCUGAGGCACCUGAGGAAUGUUCAGUUGAUCAACUUUGGAGACUGUCUGGUCCGCUCUGAAGGAGCCAUCGCCCUUGCUGCUGUCCUCCGAGAGGGCCUGCCAAUCCUCAAGGAGCUCAAUCUAUCAUUCGGGGAAAUCACGGAGGCAGCAGCUCUGGUGGUGGCUCAGGCUGUCGCAGACAAACCUCACAUGGAGAAAGUAGAUCUGAACGGUAACUGUCUGGGAGAGGAGGGCUGCGAGGCUUUGAGGGAAGCUAUGGAAAACAUGGACAAAGGAGACAUACUGGCAUCACUCAGUGAUGAUGAGGGAGAACCUGAAGAUGAGGAUGACCAUGAAAACGAUGACGACGAUGAUGAUGAUGAUGAUGCCAGUGACUACUGUAAUGAAGACAACGAGGAGGACGGUGAUAUUGUGAAGGAAAAUGGAAUAACAAGAAAAGACGACAGUCCUGUAAAACCUCAGAGCCCAGCAGAGAUCGUGUCUUUCCUCAGCUGCCCCUCUGCAGAGAAGCUCCUUCAGCUGGGCGAGAUGAGGACAAACCUGCAGCAAACAGUGGAUGCUUCUGACCCACACAAGGCCGCUGAUGUUCUUCUGAAAAUCGCUUCUCUGUACAGCGAGGACCCAGAGACCAAGACUGCAGUGUUUGAAACUAUUGGCGCUGUGUUGAAGAAGCUCCUCUCUGGCUCGGACCUGCAGUCGUACUGCUUCCUCUCCACCCUUCUGGUCAUGAUGGGAUUCCUCAAGGGAGAGGGGAAGGUGAAAAAGGUGUCACUGGUCCCAGGUCAGCUGUUGUGUUUGGAGCACGCUGUCCAGCAGGAAUACUUCCCCCGGCACCACGCCUUGAUGCUUCACACUUUCAUGUCCAAGAACAGUGAAACUCUGGAGUCCUGCAGCAGUGCUAGUGAGAACCUGAGCUCCGCUCUGGAGAAGAAGUGCCAAGAGCAACGCUUAUCCCACUGAUCAACCACUGCCUGUACCAACCAGUGGGACACACACACACACACACACACACACACACACACACACACACCACACACACAGGGAAACUGUACACUUGAACAAGGGACUCGGACAACCACUUAAUGUAUCUCCACUCCCUAUUUGUAUAUUUUAUGAAGGCAAAAAA